AUGAGACUUAGAAAGGAUAUUAGAGAAAACUUGAAAGAGUCUGAUUAUUGGCAAAACGUCACCAAACCAAGUUUAAUUAAUUUCUUGAAAUAUCGCGAAACUAAAGUUCAUGAAAAGCUUGAUAGAAAUAAUGAAAUACUUCAGUAUAAACAAGAUUUAAAGAAGAUAGAAACGCAUUAUAAAUACGGAAGUAAUGCAAAGAUCGCAAAAGUCGCUAAGCUUAAAAUAAAGGAUGAAUUAAUAUCAUCUGAAGUGAAUGACUUCUGGAGAUCGCAAGAAAUUCAGAACGAGAUUGAAAUAGAACAUCAAAAUGAUAACUUAGAUAAGGAUGAAUUAAUAUCAUCUGAAGUGAAUGACUUUCGGAGAACGCUAGAAGUCGAAAUAGAACAGCAGACCGAUGAAUCAGAUAAUGAUGAAUUAAUAUCCUCUGAAGCGAAUGACUUCCGGAGAACGCAAGAAGUUCAAAGCGAGAUUGAAAUAGAACAGCAAAUUGAUGACUUAGAUAAGAUAAAGAUCUAUGGAAUUCUCAAAAAAGAAAUUCUGAUUGAACGUAAUAUUAAAAGCAUCAUUAAUGCUUUUGAACUUUAUAAGGAUAACAAUGUAUAUCAAAGUUUUCUUGAAUCAUUAAAUCAAUAUGAUAAAUUAAUCCCAGAUGAAACAUACAAGUUUCUGGUUGAUUUUUUUUCACAAAAAUUAACUUAUAAGCAGUGGUCAAAAGCCAUAGAUAAUUUGAAUAUUAAAGAACACAGAGAAGAGACCACUAGAAUGAUAAUAAAAAUGAUUACUAAAUCACUCGAUAAUUUGUAUGUGUCUUUCGCAUUAGAACAUAUGAAUCCACUCCAUAAUAUAGAAGCUCUAGAACAACCUCAUCUCAAUGACUAUAUACACCCAUGUAUAAAGUCAGCUUUAUGGAGUUGUACUGAAAUAUAUUAUACUUCCGGCGAAAUUUCAUCAAUAAAUCAUAUCAACCGUCAAAAGGGAGAUGUUAAAGCAAGAAAAGAACUUGAUGAUAGAAUUAAAAUAAUCAAGAACCUCGAAAAUAUGUUACUAAACAUUGUUAAAGAUCGAGUGAAGAAAAGGAAAUUAAUAAUACCAGAUAUGGAAGUUUUUGGUGUUAUUAGCAUAGAACUUAACCUACAUUUGUAUGCUCUUAGUUUUACCG